UCUCAUCACAGAGCAGAGAUAAUAUCAUCACAGAGCAGACAUAAUCUCAUCACAGAGCAGAGAAGACAGACAGACAGAGGAAACCUUUACAGAGAAUCACAAACAGACAUAAUCUACAUUUCACACAUCUCUCCUCUGUUCUCUGGAAGACAUCUUCACUCAGUGUUAGUCCAGACACCUCCGUACGGCUCAGUUUAUCAGUGACCGAUCAUGGCGUCUACCAUGGACAGUGCCAAGAUCCUCUUCUCUGUUCUGUUUCUCUUCGUCUGCUACCAGGUGACUCAGGGCCAGAUGGUGAUGGACUGCUGUCUGGAGGUCAGCAAAAAAGAGAUCCCACAACGCAUUGUCACGGGUUAUCAGCCUCAGGUUAGGGGUCAAGGCUGCUCCAUUGACGCCAUGGUCUUCAACACCAGAAAGGGGCGUAAGCUGUGUGCCCCUACCGGCCCUGCCUGGGUUACUAACCUGAUGAAACACAUGGACAAGCUGAUCAAGAUGUGCGAUGACACCAACUUCAAGGGUAAACACUGUAAGAAGUUGAUGUCCUAAAGUCCCAAUAUGGACCCCCUCCCUCCCUCCACCCUCACCGCCACCGCCACCUCCACCCCCCUUCUCCUGGUCCAUAGAAUAAUGAAAGGACAUUCCAAGUGGGGGGGGGAUUUUUUAUUUUUUUUAAUGAAUGGAAAAAUGUGAUUCCUCCUACCACUAGUGCACUUUUUCAGUUUCCUUCCAUCUUCAGUCUUUAUCCAGCAGACCAUGUUGUUUCUUCUGUCAGUUUUUACCCAGCAUGCCAUGUUGUUUCUUCUGUCAGUUUUUACCCAGCAUGCCAUGUUGUUUCUCCUGUCUUCAGUUUUUACCCAGCAUGCCAUGUUGUUUCUCCUGUCUUCAGUUUUUACCCAGCAUGCCAUGUUGUUUCUCCUGUCUUCAGUUUUUACCCAGCAUGCCAGGUUGUUUCCUCCUGUCUUCAGUUUUUACCCAGCAUGCCAUGUUGUUUCCUUCUGUCUUCAGUUUUUACCCAGCAUGCCAUGUUGUUUCUUCUGUCUUCAGUUUUUACACAGCAGACCAUGUUGUUUCCUUCUGUCUUCAGUUUUUACACAGCAGACCAUGUUGUUUCCUUCUGUCUUCAGUUUUUACCCAGCAUGCCAUGUUGUUUCUUCUGUCAGUUUCUACCCAGCAUGCCAUGUUUCCUUCUGUCUUCAGUUUUUACCCAGCAUGCCAUGUUGUUUCCUUCUGUCUUCAGUUUUUACCCAGCAGACCAUGUUGUUUCUCAGUGGCACAUUCAUGUACUAUAUCUGUUAUAUAUUUUAUGUGACAAAAUGAUAAAUAACAUUCCAGAAAGAGUAAAUUAGCUUUGAUUCCACUUGGGAACCUUAAAGCUACAGUCUGUGAUUGGAAAAGUAAUAAAACAACUAUUUUAUGAACAUGUAUUUAAUCAGGGGAGCCCCAUUGAGACCAGGGACUCAUUUUCAAUGGUGCCUUUAGAUCACAAAGCUAUAACAUGUGUUUAGUUAGCUGAUAUGUGAAAUACCUAUCCAGGCAAGUUUAGGUUUCAGCAAUGCCUGGGCUGAGGAGAGUGCCCUAUAGCUUUAAGGUCAUAAGUCAGGGGUUAAAGGUCAGGGGUCAAAACGUACUGGCAGCUGGUUCAAACACCCAUCUUUAAACUCAGAGACAAUCAAAUAUUUGUUAACUUUUUGUGAACUUUGCAUUUAAUGAAUAUAUAUUUUUCAUUUAUCUGUUUAACAAUGACUGUCAAAUCAAGAUUUUGAGUGAACUUGAGUUCCUUUUUGAAUUAAAUGAGACCUUUAAUGACUAACCUCAAAAGGUAAAAUAUUGUAGUUCAUUGAUACCUUGCUCUUGUCUAUUUUGAAGGAUACAAAUUAAACUGUGAGUAGAUGAAAUGAAA